CCUACAAUUCACAGCAACCCCUCUGAGGGAUGCCGGUUCAGUUCCUCGGGUAUAGUAGAUGAUUCUGCGGCCAUUGCAAGUGUCCGGUUGAUUGCAGGAAUCGCAAUGCUGCGGCGCAAGCCCACCCGGCUUGAGCUGAAACUGGAUGAUAUCGAGGAGUUUGACAUGGUGAAGAAGGAGCUGGAGAGUCGUAAGAAGCAGCAGGAGGAGGUGGAUGUGGUGGGCGGAGCCUCGGCAGCGAGCAGCGACAGCAAGUCCAGAGAUCAGCUGAUAAACGAGCGAAUCGGCUACAAGCCACACCCCAAACCCAACAACCUGCCCUCACUCUUCGGGAACCUGCAGUUCUAGAGUGCGCUUAGGCCACGCCCCACAGCGGUGAUGAGAACUGGAGCAGAGCGCCACAGCUGUGACCAUGCAAGCAUCUUUACAGUCCUCCGAUCCCAUCAGCAAAGCCGCGGCACGCUCAGCACUGGAUUGGAGCAGGAGACCGUUUCUCCACAGGGAUUGCUUCAGAGUUUGUUUGUUGUGUGAAAGUACUGGAUUGCAGCUCUGAAGACUUGUGCACAAUUGAAUGUAUAAAAUACAAC